AUGGCCGAGGGGCAGCCGAGCGGUUUGGAGAAGGAGCUGACCUGCUCGAUAUGUACAGAUGUCCUCUAUCAACCGCUCACGCUCCUCGAUUGUCUCCACACCUUCUGCGGCGCCUGUCUGAAAGAAUGGUUCACGUUCCAAGGUACCAGCACCGCCAGUUCUACGAACUUACAGCCGUAUACCUGCCCAUCAUGCCGAGCUACGGUCCGCUCGACCCGGCCGAACGCCACUGUCACCACCCUCCUUGACAUGUUCCUCCAGGCGAACCCUAGCCGUGGGAAAACAGAGCAAGAGAAAGAAGCAAUGAGGAAGCAGUAUAAGCCUGGAGACGAUGUAGUUCCGAAGAUUACAAUGAGAGGCGCCCCUGCGGACACCGAAGACCAGAGGCUCAUGGAGCAGAUCAGGCAGCUAAGCUUGCAAGAGGUGGGUGUCGGUGGCAGCAAUCUUGUAGAGUCCAGGCCUGGUAGAGAUACGGAGCGCAGCCGGGAGACUGGCAGAGGCCCCAGAGAUCAUCAUCGGGCGUACGAUGCAAACCGAAGAAGCCCAGGUGGGACGUACCUCAAUUACAGACCGGCAGAAGGAGGUAGACGGCCGCAUCCCUCACAGAGAGCGGCUUCGUCUAGGCAAGUAGGACAUCAGUCUAGCCUACGUUCACUUCUCAGCGCUUCGGAGCUGGAUUCUACGGAGAUGGAAGAGGAGAUCAUGCGCCAGAUACUGGAGGAAGGACUGCUGGAUGGCAUAGACCUCGACAACAUCGAUGUAUCGCAAGAGGAUGAAAUUAGCGAGAGGAUCGCUCAAGCAUACCGGAGACGGCAAAGGCAGCAAGAGCGGGAAAGGGAGCGAGAGAGGGAACGCAGGAGGCAGUCCCAAGAACACGGCAAUAGUAGCAAUCAGCGUGCCCCGCAAAGAUUGCCAGACGCAGAGCAACAACGCAGGCGCCCACAUGCGCAUUCGGAGAGCGGUAACGCUCAGCAAACACAGACAGCUCGACCUCCGGUCUCUAGACCUCAUCUGUUCGAGGAUGCAAACGCAAGUCGACGCCACGAGCGACGAUCAUCAAGUCAGGGCAGCGGACGCUCCGCGCGAAGCCACAAUCCGAGACAGCUCGUGAUCGACUCCUCCAGGCCCGCCGCCCACUCAACGACUGAUUUGUUAGAACGUCCACCGAGCUCGCGAGGCAGCGCCGAAAGACAGCGGAGACUAUCUCCGCAUGACCGUAGAACUACUGACCCAGAGACUCGCCGCGCCAGAGACCAAUGGCGCAGCGACGCCCUCGGUGGGAAUGGGCGAUCUAACCCGAAUUCUCCACGAGGAGCAGCUUUCGCUCCGCAACCCACCGAAAGCCCAACAUCAACUGUCCCGCCAGGUUCAGAAGCUACUGUGGUUGUGCCUCCGCACGCAGCUGAUGCUCCUCCGCGUCCAGCACUGUAUCCCGAACCAUCGAUAUCGUGUGAUCGUUGCGAGAAGCCACAUAUCGAAUACGAGGCCCACUACAACUGCCACAGAUGCAGGGAAGGCAACUUCAACCUCUGUAUGCGCUGCUACCGCUUAGGCAAAGGAUGCCUCCACUGGUAUGGAUUUGGCAAUUCAGCAUGGGCAAGAUAUGAACGACAAGCCCCUCCUGGUGGUUACCCACCAGGCCAUGAGCAGCCACACAUCCUGACCGGUCAUCGAUAUUCGCAACCUAGUAGAGGUUUAGUUGGCUCAGAAAAUGCUGGAGAACCGUUCAUGUCAGACGAAGACCCAUCCAAACGCCUCCAGGCUGGCGUCUUUUGCGAUAUCUGUCACGCCUUCGCCAAUUCCUGCUACUGGAAGUGCGACUCCUGCAACGAGGGCGCCUGGGGCUUCUGCAACGCCUGCGUAAACCAAGGCCGACACUGCACGCACCCACUCCUCCCCAUCGCCCAGAAAGCCGCCACCACAGUCUCCAACACCGCCAACACCCAGGACGUCCCCCACUCCAGUCAGACUUCCAACCCGCCGCAAACAACCCCUAAAUCCGCCUCCAUCACCCGCGGCCCCGGCCUAAUCACCUACGCAAACACCCUCUUCAAGCCCCUAACCUUCACCACCAACUGCGACAUUUGCCACUACCCGAUCCCGCCGUCCCACACGCGCUUCCACUGUCCACGCUGCAACGACGGCGACUACGACAUCUGCGUAUCCUGCUACCAGGGCCUGGUUCUUAAGGGUCGCAUAAGCGCCGAGAACGGGCCGAGCGGGUGGCGCCGCUGCCAGCGCGGACAUAGAAUGCUGGUCGUGGGCUUCGAGGAACGGGGGGACGGCCAGAGACGCGUCGUUGUGCGGGAGUUGGUGGGGGGACUGGCGCUGAAGGAUGAAGAUGGAGGCGACAGUCAGGCGGUGGUGGGGCAGGGGAGUAAUGCUGAUGCGAGGGCCACGCCGAAUUGGAGCUGGAGAGAUCCGGAUGGGGCGGUAAGGAAGGCGAGGGCGGGGGGUGGUAGGGAGACGGCGCUGGUGGGCGCGAUGGGGAUGCCGCAGGCGAGGUUUCCGCCGGAUGGGGGUUUUGGGCUUAGGGUGCAGGCGCUGUGGGGGUAUUUCCCGGCGGAGGGCGUGGAAGAUGAGUUGAUGUUCCCGAAAGGCGCGGAGAUUAGGGAAGGCCAGGAUAUCAAUGGGGAUUGGUUUUGGGGUGCGUAUGCGGGGAGGACGGGGCUGUUUCCUGGGAACUACGGGAGGGUGGUAUAG